AUGGAUCUUAAAGACUAUUACCUGUUGGCUGCCCUCUUUGCUUGUUUAUGGUUAGAUCCUUCAAUAGCCCAAGAGCUGAUCUACCCCAUCAGAGAAGAGUUGCAAGAAAAUGUCCUCAUUGGAAACAUACCAAAGGACCUAAACAUUUCCCAUACAAAUGCUGCCACCGGAGCAAGUGCUAAUCUUGUGUAUAGGCUGGUCUCCAAAGCAGGAGACAACCCACUGGUCCGAGUUCUGAGCAGUACCGGUGAGAUAUUCACAACAUCCAACAGAAUCGACAGGGAGAAGUUGUGCCCGGGUCCCUCGUUCGAGGACAGCGAGUGCUCUUUUGAAAUUGAAGUGGUCAUCCUGCCUAAUGACUAUUUUAGAUUGAUUAAGAUUAAAAUCAUCGUCAAAGACACGAAUGACAAUGCUCCCAUGUUCCCGUCCCCUGUAAUCAACAUCUCCAUCCCGGAAAACACUCUCAUCAACAGCCGUUUCGCUAUUCCUUCUGCCACUGACCCGGACACCGGCCCCAACAGUGUCCACAAAUACGAGCUGGUCAAUGGGCAGAGUGCCUUCGGGUUAGACAUUGUGGAAACGCCUGAGGGGGAGAAGUGGCCCCAGCUCAUUGUGCAGCAGAACCUGGACAGGGAGCAGAAGGACACAUAUGUGAUGAAGAUCAAAGUGGAGGACGGUGGCAGUCCACAGAAGUCCAGCACCGCUAUCCUCCAGGUCACAGUGACAGACGUCAAUGACAACAGACCAGUGUUUAAAGAGAGUCAGAUGGAGGUUCACAUACCAGAGAACUCUCCUACUGGAACGUCUGUUGUUCAGCUUCAGGCUACGGACGCAGACAUAGGGGCAAAUGCAGAGAUCAGGUAUGUCUUUGGGACGCAGGUGUCCCCUGCCACAAAAAGACUCUUUGCAUUGAACACAACCACUGGCCUUAUAACUGUGCAAAGGCCUCUGGAUAGAGAAGAGACUGCUAUUCAUAAGCUAUCGGUUUUAGCCAGUGAUGGCAGCUCCAGUCCGGCCAAAGCUACUAUUACAAUAAAUGUGACUGAUGUAAAUGACAAUCCACCAAACAUUGACCUGAGAUACAUAAUCAGCCCUAUCAACGGCACUGUUUUCCUCUCUGAGAAAGAUCCUAUCAAUACGAAGAUAGCUCUAAUCACGGUAUCAGACAAAGACACUGACAUCAAUGGCAAGGUCAUUUGUUUUAUAGAGAAGGAUGUGCCCUUCCAUCUCAAGGCUGUGUAUGACAACCAGUAUCUAUUAGAGACAUCUGCCUUGCUUGAUUACGAAGGGACAAAAGAAUACAACUUCAAAAUCGUGGCCUCAGAUUCCGGAAAACCAAGCUUGAAUCAGACUGCCUUGGUGAGAGUGAGGUUGGAGGAUGAGAAUGACAACCCACCUAUUUUUACACAGCCAGUUAUUGAGCUUUCUGUUAUGGAAAACAACAAGCGUGACCUGUUCCUCACGACUCUUAGUGCCACUGACGAGGACAGUGGGAAAAAUGCGGAGAUCGUUUACCAGCUGGGACCCAAUGCAUCAUUUUUCGAUCUUGACCGGAAAACUGGGGUGUUGACCGCGUCCCGAGUCUUCGACCGGGAGGAGCAGGACAGGUUCCUCUUCACAAUCACGGCCAGAGAUAAUGGGACGCCGCCUCUCCAGUCGCAGGCAGCCGUCAUCGUGACCAUAUUGGAUGAAAAUGACAACAACCCCAAGUUUACUCACAACCACUUUCAGUUCUUUGUGUCUGAGAACCUCCCAAAAUACAGCACCGUGGGGGUGAUAACUGUGACAGAUUCCGAUGCAGGGGAAAACGCUGCUGUUUCACUUUCCAUAUUGAAUGACAAUGAGAACUUUAUCUUGGACCCUUAUUCUGGCGUGAUAAAAUCGAAUGUGUCAUUUGACAGGGAGCAACAGAGCUCCUACACAUUUGAUGUUAGGGCUGUAGACAGUGGUCGGCCCCCUUGUUCCUCAGCUGCCAAGGUCACCAUCAAUGUCAUUGAUGUCAAUGACAACACCCCUAUUGUUAUGUAUCCCCCCUCCAACACCUCUUUCAAGCUAGUUCCCCUCUCCUCCAUCCCAGGAUCGGUUGUAGCGGAGGUGUUUGCUGUAGACGGUGAUACAGGGAUGAAUGCAGAGCUGAAAUACACUAUUGUGAGUGGAAAUAACAAGGGCCUUUUCAGAAUUGACCCUGUCACGGGGAAUAUUACCCUGGAGGAGAAGCCAGCAGUGACUGACAUAGGGUUACAUAGAUUAGUGGUAAACAUUAGUGACCUGGGUUAUCCCAAGUCCCUCCAUACACUGGUGCUGGUUUUCCUGUACGUUAAUGAAACUGUUGGCAACUCCACGCUCAUCUAUGAUCUCAUCCGCCGCACGAUGGAGACCCCAAUCGACAGGAACAUUGGCGAAAACAGUGAGAAUUACCAAAGUGGUGAUUAUUUAACUAUAAUGAUAGCCUUUGUGACGGGCGCCUUAGUGGUGGUCAUCGUCAUCCUGGUCACUGUGCUGCUGCGCUGUCGCCACGCUUCUAGGUUCAAAGCCGCACAGAGGAAGAAGCAAGGCGCUGAGUGGAUGUCACCCAACACGGAAAACAAACAGAACAAAAAGAAAAGGCGCAAGAAAAGGAAGUCGCCCAAAAGCUCCCUGCUGAACUUUGUGACCAUUGAGGAGAACAAACCCGACGACCCUGCCCAUGAGCCAAUUAAUGGAACCAUCAGCAUCCCCACCGAGCUGGAGGAGCAAGGGAUUGGGCGCUUUGACUGGAAUGCCACACCUACCACAACGUUCAAACCGAGCAGCCCAGACUUGGCCCGACACUACAAGUCCGCCUCACCGCAGUCGGCCUUCCAUCUCAAGGCUGACACGCCUGUCUCUGUGAAGAAGCACCACGUGAUUCAGGAGCUCCCAUUGGAUAACACCUUUGUUGGGGGCUGCGACACCCUUUCCAAGAGGUCCUCCACUAGCUCUGACCACUUCAGUGCCUCUGAGUGCAGCUCCCAAGGAGGUUUCAAGACGAAGGGGCCCAUGCACACCAGACAGCAGUCACCUUUGGUUGGAACUUUAACUCGUGCCCGAACUGAACUGAACCCUGAAUAUCUGGACCUUCGUCCCCGAGCUGAGCUGAACCCUGAAUAUUGGACCCCAUGCACCCCUUUAUCGCAGCGGCGCGUCACGUUUCACCUGCCGGACGGCUCUCAGGAGAGCUGCAGUGACAGCGGUCUGGGGGACCACGAGCCUGUAGGCAGUGGCUCUCUCCUCACACAACCUCUCCCUCUGGUGCAGGCGCAGGACGACUUCUACGAACAGGCCUCCCCCGACAAGAGGACCGAAGCAGACGGCAACUCCGAUCCUAACUCCGAUGGGCCGCUGGGACCCCGUGGCCUCGUGGAAGCGACAGAGAUGUGCACACAGGAAUGCCUGGUCCUGGGACACUCAGACAACUGCUGGAUGCCUCCGACCUUGGGAACAUACCAGCAACCCAAAUCACCGGUGUCCAGCUUUGGCUCCCAGAGGGAGUGGGGGCCCAAGGACCAACUACUAAACGGACACACCCUGACCAGAGCCUGGAAAAACGAGGGCGGCCGGUCGGACCAUUUCGCUGAAAGGAAGCAAUUCGGGAGCGGAGACGGACACUUCACAGGCGGCGGUAACAUGGCCGACAUCCCACUGGCAAGUUUGAAAUCCUACCAGUCAGCCUCCUGCCCAGACAGCCCGAAGGAGCAGCAGUUAUAA